CGACAUCCGCAUUUAAAACACAUUGUAAGUCGAGGAUCCACACAACCAAAACAUUACCGGUGUUGUUUUGGUCUCGAGUGGACGUCAGACUCAGAAUGUUCCGCAACCAGUACGACAAUGACGUCACAGUGUGGUCCCCUCAGGGGCGCCUGCACCAGGUGGAGUAUGCAAUGGAGGCAGUCAAACAAGGAUCGGCAACAGUAGGGGUAAAGAGUGCCACCCAUGCCGUCCUGGUGGCACUUAAGAGGGCCUCCUCUGAGCUGGCUGCACAUCAGAAAAAGAUCAUGCCCAUUGACAAGCACAUUGCGGUGUCUAUCUCAGGUCUGACUGCAGAUGCACGUGUGUUGUCCAAAUUCAUGCGCACAGAAUGUCUUAAUGAGCACUUCAGCCACAACCAAGCCCUGUCACUUAGCAAGCUGAUGCAACGCGUAGGAGCCAAGAUGCAAAUUGCUACUCAGCGAUAUGACAAGAGACCUUAUGGUGUUGGUCUCCUGGUAGCUGGUUUUGAUGAGGAUGGUCCUCAUAUCUAUCAGACAUGCCCUUCUGCUAACUAUUAUGACUGUAAGGCCAUGGCAGUUGGGGCACGUUCACAGAGUGCUCGUACUUACCUUGAACGCCACUUAGAGGAAUUUUCGAGCGUCACUCGGGAUGAAUUAAUCCGCCAUGCCUUGAGAGCUCUCAGAGAUACUCUUCCUAAUGAUGUAGAACUAACUAACAAGAAUUGCAGCAUAGCUGUUGUGGGUGAGGGUGAGGAGUUGAGCAUCUAUGACGAUGAAGACGUGAACCCCUACUUGGAGGGUCUGGACCAGGAAGAGAGGCGAGGGGGAGCAGGAACCAGCCGCGAGGCCCAGCCAGCAGAUGCUCCUGCUGAUGGCGAGGCUUCUGCAGAUCAGCCUCCACCACCACCAACUGAUGAACAGCCACAGGCUGAUUCUAUGGAGACUGACUAAGAGGAGAAGCAGUGUUGGAUGUGCAUGGCGUUUUCAUUAUAAGAGGAGAGAAGGUGGAUGACGUUUCUACAUGACCAGUGUUAACAUGCCGUAAAGAUGAGCUUUUCACCAUAGGAAUUGAUUAUUUUUCUCAUACAUUUUUUGAAUUUCAGGUCAUCACGUAUUGUAUUCUGAAAUAAACAUUGAGCUAAAUGAAA